AUGGCGCCGUUGGAGUAUGGCUUCGACGCGCAUAACGGACCGAUACAACAAGGAGCUCUGCUCUCUCUCCUGUCAAACAAUCUGAUUCUAAACCACACAGUGCCGUAUCUCUCUAUAUCAGCCCUGCUUAACCUCUCUGCGACAUCCCGGUCCUUCCGCGAGCUGACCCUCGAGACUCCGUCCCUCUUCCGCCAUCUCGACCUGACGGAGGUCAAGACGGCACAGUUCGAGAUCGACGGCAUCGACCAUGGCGGCGAGACGUGGAGGAACGUCCAGGUGGACGAGAACCUAACCGAAGACGACUUCUACUCGGGCCCCUUGCGAGGCAUCUUCUCCAGCCUCAACCGCGCCGACAUCCUGAAGCAAGUACAAACACUCGUACUCGACGGUCUCGCCGUCACAGCCGAGCUAGUACACGACAUCAUCAUCGACCCGUCCUACAAUGUCCGUGUGCUCUCCUUGCGCGACGUGAAACACCUCAACGAGCGCAGCCUCUGCGGCGCCCUCAGCACCGCCUGCCGCCGUGGCAGACCGCCGGGCACCCCGCGGCUCAAGGCGCUCUACAUCUUCGGCCCCAGCGAACAAAAGAUAGCAUCGUCAACGAUAAUUGAGCAGCAGGGAACGGCGGCGGCCCCAGAGCCGAGCAACGCAGCGGCGAUCGGCACGACGUGGAACGAGCGCUCGCAGGCCGUGCUCACCAGCCUCGUGGCGGGCGACAACGUCGGGCAGGGCGACGCUUGGUACGCCCGCCGCGGGAAGAUGGUGACGAGGACCAUCAGCGAGGACUGGGCCGCCACCAUGCUCGACUGCAGGGGCAUCAUCGCCUUCGACGCCGUGCUCUGCAAGGGGCCGUGGCACUACAACAGCCCCGCCCUGGGCAAGAUCGAUCUGGGUCGGAUCAAGAGCCCCUUCGCUCCCGGCACCCAUAGAUAUGCUGCGGCGGUCUACUCCCUCAGCGGCUGCGAGGGCUGUGGCACCGCUCCCGAGGGCUGGACGACCUGGGGAGAAACGGUGGACGAGGACCAAGGCGGCGAGCUCGGGGCCUUCCCGCUCCUGGCGCCGCCGCCCCUGCAUUCCAGCAAUGUGCGGGUGGCCAUGUGCCCCUCCGGGCAGAGCCUCAACCCCUCACGAUACCACGGUUCGUGGAGCAAGACGAAGCCCUCCCGGUUCAUCGCCCGGUGCUACGACUGCGUUCGCGACAGGUACUGCUGGAGCUGCCACAAGUGGUGGUGCGAGGACUGCUACCCGGGCCCGCCCGAGCCGGCGCCCCCGAUGAUAAACUCUGAUCUCAAGGUACGAGCAGACGGGACCUGUGGGGAAUGCUGGGCGAACAAGGCGAAUGUGUAA